CAUUUUCUAGGUGCACAAACCAGCGUAGACAAAUUUUGAUUGAUUCGGUCGCGGUGCGUCGUGGAAAGAGGACCUGUUUGUGUCGAAAAGUGUUACGAUAUUUUUUUUGCUGCUAGCCAGUUGUACACUGCAAACGCGCCGUGUGUGCCGUCACUACGGUUUUGUUACGAAAGGAGGUCGGAGUUUUUUUUGUCGGUCGCUUUGGAUUAUUUCCAUCUACCUACCUGAAAGUGCGAGUGCUCUAUAGUGAAAACUAUACGAUUUUACGGCACUCAAAUCCCUGACGCGAGGAUCAUAUCGUGGCAAGUGACCGAAGGUUUGGAGAGGAGGUACCCCAUUAUAUCAGCAGGAGGGACAUUUUUAUCGUCGAAAGUUUUCACAGUUUCGAAGCGUCAUAUUUUAGAUCUAUAAAGGAAUUUUGCCCAUAUUGCUGUGUGGAAUUUGCAACUCAGUUUGAUUGAUAUCUAGGUAGAUCAUUCACGCGAUCAGCGCGAAUAGUAUAACUCAGUGCUGCCUCUAAUAGUCUCAUAUCUAUCGCCAAGUAAAUUAGAGUUAGAAAAUAAAAAUUAUUAAAACAAACACAUUCGUAUAAAUGUAAAAAUUCCGAAGGAAGAAUCGAGUUUCGCACCCACACAACCCUUCUCGAUCAGUAGUGGAAGCGCAGGUGAAAAAGAGUGCAGCAAAAUUCACUCAGCACGCGAAAAGUGUCGGUUUUUGUUCAUUUUUCUGUGUAUGUAGUAUUGACACACAUACGAAAUACCGUUCCGUGAGGCGCGCGAUUGUACACGAAAGGUAUAUCGGUGGAAGAGCAGCAAGUUUAUAGUAAAUAGAAGAAACACCGUCUGUGAUUGGAAUUCAAUAUAAAUUUUGCGACCCAGCACACGGCCCACGGAUUACCAUUUUCGGGUUGGAACGGGCCAGCUGCUGCAGCAACAGAUCGUCGCUGAUCUCGGGCCCAACCCAUACGGCAGUUCAUCAUGGAGUCGAUGGAGUAUGAAAUGGCUCGCAAUAUGACGCUGUUGUUCUUCCUAGAGCGGCUGCUAGAUCGCGGUGAGCCACGUACCCUGCACGAUCUGUCGUGCCAGUUCGGGGCCCGAGGUUUCACCAAGGAGAUGAGACAGAUUGCCGGGGGCAGCCAGUCAGGUCUCAAAAAAUUUCUCUCCCAGUAUCCAGCGCUGUUCGAGAUCAACGGCGAUUUUGUGCACAUCAACAGCUACACAUCGAGCAGCGUGGAUGACUCGUCGAUUCCGGGCAAACGAGACUACAUCCAGGAGGCAAAAGACUACUUCAAACACAAACUGCUGCAGUACGGCAAAGGUACUGAGGUACCGAUUCGCAGCUUACUGGGUCACCGCAGUCAGGCGUCGCCGCAGGUGCGGCACAUAUCCGGUCAGCACAUCCGAGAGUUCACAGAAUUCCUGCUCAAACACCCGGACACGUUUCACGUAGUGGACGGUGAGAAUGUCAUACUGGUCGGGUGCGAAAAUGAGGAAGAUGUUCCGGCCUCCGAGCGGCUGCAUCUUCCGAACUCAUUCAUCGACACACAGGCCACCCAGCAGCUACUGGACUCAUUUGCUCAAGUGAUAGAAGUUAAGGGUCCUAUCAUAGUCGAUCAGCUCUUCCACAUGGUUACCUCAAACUUCCCCCAGGAACAGUGGUUCCAUAUGUUCAAGAAUCCAAGCGACUUGAAAACGUUUCUGAAGCUAUUCUCAGAUUGCUUCCACAUCCAAUCCAAUCUAGUCACGCUAUUGCAGAAGCCAAAGCUGUCCGAUUCUCACAUUCGGCAAGCUCAGGACAAGCUGAAUCUUUCCAAUAGCACCUUUGGUCCCGGAAGCACUGGUACCGGUAGUGGCGGAAGUGCCAUUGGCAGUACCAACGGUAGUGGUAGCACAAGCAGGACAGCCUCACCGAAAAAUAUGAUAGGGGAUUUUAAACUUAACGAACCGGUAUCGGUCGGAAUCGGACCCAACAAUCCGGCCAAUGUACUGAAUAAUAUCAAAAACGAACCCACCAGUGGCUUCGAUAGUUUGCUAAUCAAUAACGAUUUUAAAAUGGAAAAUCUGUGCUCCAGAAACUGCCCCUCGUUAGCCAAUGCACCCUAUUCGAAGAGCCAGCAGCAGUAUACGACUGUGAAACAAGAACCCAAUCCCGCUAAUGCCACAGAGAAAGCAAACCUCAUUAACAACAAUCCGGCUGUGAAUCCGAAGCAUCAAACCUUGAAACAGCGUAUUAAUAGUUUGGUGAUAAAAACGCUAGCCGAAAACCUAGAAAAAGAUAAGCAAUCAAUGUCUGCCAUUCAGCAAACUCAUCACAGUAUUGCGGUCGGCCCCGGCGGCGGUGGUCAAGGGAACAACAAUACUUCCCCUCAUCCCGUUUCGCCAACACCCACCAGUCCGGUUCAUUCGAACAACUACUUCAUUGGGGAUACGUGGAAAAUCAAAGUUCUACACAACACCCGGGUAAUCUCGACCGUUAAGGAUUCCCUGUUCGUCACUCAAGCCAUCAUGAAAUCAGCCUACGAGGAUCAGGCGGUGAUAUCGUUCGACUGCGAAGGUAUCAACCUUGGUGUUCGGGGGCAGAUCACCAUUAUCCAGCUGGGGACGACCCGGGGAGAGGCGUUCAUUUUUGACGUUGCCACCUGCCCGGACAUGGUCGCGCACGGGGGCAUCAAGGAGAUUCUGGAGGCGGACAAAGUUAUCAAGGUGAUACACGAUUGUCGGAACGAUUCGGUCAAUCUGUACAACCAGUUCCAGAUUAUGCUGCGGAAUGUGUUUGAUACGCAGUCUGCCCAUGCUGUACUCCAGUUCCAAGACCAGGGCAAACAGGUCUACAAGGUCAAGAACGUUUCCCUCAACACUCUGUGCGAGAUGUACAAUGCCACCGUUAAUCCGAUGAAGGAUCAGCUCAAGAACGUAUAUCGCCGGGAUCAAAAGUACUGGGCCCGGAGGCCACUCACCCGAGACAUGCUCCUCUACGCUGCCGGAGAUGUGCUCAUAUUGAUCAACGAACAGCUGUACCUCAAUAUGGCAUCAUCUAUUAAACCUGAAUACCGGGAACUACUCUCGGAACUGUCUACUGAGCAGAUUUUAAUGUUAAUCCGCCCAGUUGACGUCAAAAUGCGUAAAAAGCAGCGCAAGGUUCGCUCGGAAAUCCAGGAUCUGAAAGUCAAACUUAAAGGUGCCAGCAAAAAUGUUGUACUGAGCAAUCGAGAAAUACGAUUGCUUAGGUACAUGGAUUUAACCGAGGACGAAAAAGAGAAACUUAGAGUCUCCUACAAAGUGGCCAAGAAGCUGGAUAAGCUUGAAAACUUCGACCGGGAUCGUGGCGACGCGAGCGAUUCCGACGACGAAUGCGAUGGGGCGGAGCAGGAAUAUCAAAGUCUGGACAGUAUUCCAUCGGACAAUUCACUGCCCGGAACGGGCGGGGGACCAGGAACGUUUUCCCCCAAAAGCUCAGAACCGCCUAGUUUGACGGAAUCGAUGCAACUGAUGGACGAAAUUCUAUCGAACACGACCAUGGAUCGGAUGGCCAAGAUUGACAAGCUGGAAGCAAUUCUUUCCGCUGCGACACUGCUGCCGAAUGAUCAGUCUUUCACUGAGACAAUGAACAAUUUCAAUACCAAUACGAUAGUAGUAACUAACGAUAAUAUUCUGCAGCCGGCGAAAAAGGAGGAAGCCAAAGGACGAACGUCCAAAUCCACCAGCGGCGGAGGUUCUGCCGGCAGCGCCUUUGUUGGUGGUGGUGGCUCCAAGGUUUCGUCCCGUCUGCAUCAGCACGGUACUACGCCACCGCCUGCUUCUGCACCGGUGGUACCGAAGGCCGAAACCAAAGAGGCCGGCUGUCAGACGUUGAGCACUGGCGAUAUUGUUAUCACGAAAAUUUUCUUCAAAGAGGAACUGGACAAAAAGCCGGAAAAGAUGCUCACUUCAACAACGAAACGGAACGGUGAAACUGUGCAGCAGCAGCAGCAACACACCCAGGUACCGGCUUGAGAGUGGACCAAUGGACGUUCGCGACCGGUGAUAAGAACCGCAGCUGGCGUUUUCGUCGUCCAUCAGUCCUACAAACGUUGUGAAUAGGUUUGUUUUUCUUUUGUUUGUUUUUGGGCAGGUUUAUUUUCAGUGUGGAUAUCAGAUAUCUACUGGGUAACGAGCACGCGAAACAAACGUGUUUUGAGAGAGCGAGAAGACGCGAAAGAAUGUAGUACGAACGAUGUAAUAAUUUAUGAGUUGAAUACGUAUAUAUUUUUUUAAUAACAUCCGUAUUUAUAAAAAAAACACAUAGGUAACACCUGAAAGAUUAGGUGGAAAGAUAUAAAUUGUACAGUAACUAUGAGAAUUUGUAGAUUUGAGACACGGUUAAUGAACCAUUAACAAUAUUAUUUUUGAUAGAUAUUUAAACAAAAGGAAAAUUAUAGGCAUAGCUAUACUCUUCCAUGAACCACUCAAUUUCGAGGAUCAUUUUUUUUUUGUGCGGAGCAGCAGAGAUAGGAUAGUAAACCAUUUUUACUCCUACGAUAGUUAACAACGGAAAAGUAUAAAGUGAAAUGUUAGAUGAAAUUUGCUUCUAUUAUACACUUAUUAGAUUGAUACUAACUUUAAUGACCUAUUUGAUGAACUUUGUGAUUCAUUUUCAUAGAACAGAACAGAAGCGAAAACUAUAUAACGAAAAAGCUAAUAAAAAUUGCAAAACAUUCUAACAAUAUAUUUAAAUUUCGAUGCAAAAAAACGAAAAACAAUAAAGCAAAAAAACACAUCA